UUUUUAAUUUAUUUUUUCCAGUAUUUUAAAGACGCGUCUGUAGACUCACCCUCUUGUCCAAUGCAGCAAUGUAGAAAUCAUGUAGAAAAGAAAUGUCAUUUAGAGCCAUUUAUUAACACUCAAAAAAACUGGAUCGUUCAUGAAUCGUCGUUCACGACCCAUUAUUAGUCACUUUUUUUACUCACAACACACAAAAAAUAAAUCCAGAUCAACUGAAAAUAAAAAGAAAAUACUUCUGCCGGAUUAACCAGUCUAAAUACCACCGUUUGUGACGCAUUGAAAAUCGAUUGCCAGGAAGAGAGACGAGACGAGACCAAAGAAAAUCAAGAGCAGAACGGACAACAAUACAAAGUAAAAUUGGGAGGAACGUUUGAAACGAUUUCACAAAAAAUCGGCAGGCAGCUGAGCGUUCGUUUGGUCAAAGAAAUGGGCAUUUUCGGGCAAUCGUCGCCGUUUGACGCCGAUGUGGAAAAAGCCACCAGCGAGACAAAUACGAACGACAACUGGUCACUGAUUCUCGAUGUGUGCGACAAGGUGUCCACAAAUCCACGUCUGGCUAAGGAUUGUCUCAAGGCGGUGAUGCGGCGCAUGGGCCACAACGAUCCCCAUGUUGUAAUGCAGGCGAUCACGUUGCUGGACGCCUGCUCCAACAAUUGUGGCAAGCCUUUCCAUCUGGAAGUGGCCUCGCGUGACUUCGAAACUGAGUUUCGAAGGCUGUUAAGCCGGGCAGAGCCGAAGGUGACGCUGAAAAUGCGCCAAGUGCUAAAGAACUGGGCUGAUAAUGACUACAAGAACGAUCGGGAACUGGAGUUGAUUCCUGCCCUCAUCACUAAGCUUCGUCUGGAAGGCUACGACUUUAAGAAUCUUAGCGAGAAGAGUAGCAAAACAGCUGCUGAAAAGGCUGCCAGUUUGCCAAAGGAUCCCAAUGUCGUUAGCAGCCAACAAGAGGAGGAUGACAUUGCCAAGGCCAUAGAACUGUCACUGAAGGAGGGCAAGAGUAGUCCCAAAGCGGGCAGUGGAGGUGUUGCGAGUGCAGGAAACACUAGUGCCUAUCCAUCGUUAUAUCCGUCGUUCGUAGGUGCCUCCAGCGGAACAAGUAACGAUGUAAACCCUAACCAAAACCAAGCCCAAGCCCCAGCUUCCGAACCAAGAAAAGUUCGUGCUCUUUAUGAUUUUGAGGCUGCGGAGGAAAACGAACUCACUUUCUUCGCUGGCGAGAUUAUCCAUGUGAUGGAUGACAGCGACCCUAACUGGUGGAAGGGCUUCAAUCAACGAGGAGAGGGACUCUUCCCUUCGAAUUUCGUCACUGCCGAUUUAUCUGUGGAUCCCGAGCGCCUAGACAUCAAUCAGCAGCACAAGACGGGAGCGGCACAAAAGGAUGGGGACUCUGCAACGACUUUGCAGCAAAAGACUGAAGCCGCCGCAGCAGCAGCAGGUGCUGCCUCUGCUCAGCCUGUGGAGAUCGACGAAGCUAAGAUUGAUCGUCUCUUGCAUCUACUCCAUGAGGCAAAUCCCGAAGAUCCCUCGCAGGAUAGCGACGAGAUGCUUCGGCUGGAACAGGAGGUUCAUCAAAUGGGUCCCCUGAUUGACGCCGAGCUGGAGCGAGUGGAUCGUAAGCACGCCCAAUUGACGCAGCUGUCGAGUGAUCUCGUCGAUGCCAUAAAUCUCUAUCACGGUCUUAUGAGAGAUGAUCGGGCUGUCGCGGGACAGUUUGCUGCAGCAGCUGGAGGCUUCAUGCCGGGCUUAGCUGGCUUUCCAGGAGCCGCUCUGUACGGAGCACCUGGCUAUCCCAGUGCGGGUGGCUUUCCUCCGCACCAAAAUUAUUCAGGAAUGCACUCGCUUCCUUAUGCCCCCGUACCCAACAUCCCAACAAAUACUGCGGCCCCGACAACAGCUCCUGCUGGUUACCUAGAACAAGGUCAGGUGCCGCUUACUUUUCAAAACGGACACGCCGCGCAGAUGACCUCGCUACCACCCCAUCUUCCACAGUUAAACCCGGCUGCAUCUGUAGCCCAGCCCCUCUACAAUGCCCAGGCAGCACCCGUAUCCACCCACCAACAGCAGCAAGCACCGCCGCCACAGCAGAAUCAGUCAAGCUACCAGCAGCAGCCGUUUGCCCGAGUUCCGCCCGCAGUUACACAAAUGCAGCAACAGCAAUCACAACCGCCGCCUCAUGCUUACAUGCAGUCGGGGCCUCCGCAGGGAUAUCAGCCCGGACCAACCCCACAGCAGCCCCAACCGCAUCUGUAUGCACCAAAUGGAUCGCCAGCAGUCACCCAACAGAGCUACGUGCCACAGCACCAUCAGCAUCAGCUUCCACCAAACGAUCAAUUUAGUCAGAUACAUCAACAAACGGCCACCAUGGGCAUGACGACGCAGUCCGCAGCUGCGCCUGGCUAUCACAUGCAGAACGAUGCCGUCAAGAACAACAUUCCUAUCUACCAGCAGCAGUGGUAAACCCACCCCCCCAAUAAAUUUGAAUCCUUCGCUUGGUUUGAUUUAAUUUGCCCAAAACGAACUAAUUUCUAUCUGUAUCCUGUGAUCACGACCGAUCAGUCAAAAAGAUGAUAAUUGUAAAAGUAUAACUUGAUAACUUCAUAAAUAGCAGAAGUUGUCGAAUCUCUUUUAUUUAUAUGAUAAAAAUCCUCCAGUCAAGCAAAGAUACAAUCUAGCAGCUAACCAAAAAUGUCGUCGGCUUUGUCAUGAGAAAAGCUGAAAUAUGUCCCCAAAAUCAACUCUUCAGACACGUGAAAAUAGUUUAUAAAAUGUUCCUUCAUCUGUAUUGUUUGCUUAAUUUGUUUGUCUUUGGGUAGAUUUUUCAAUGUCCUAACAAUAUCUUUUAUGGAAAUGAGGUAAAUGAUUGGAAAGCGAUUAUAUAUAUAUAAAACAUAUAAAUAUUCUAUAUUCUACAUACAUUAUGGGAUAACUUUAUUGAGUGCAAGAGAGAUAACUUUUAUAUAUUAUGUUUAUUGUAUGCAUUAUGAUCUGAUAAGAAUAACGAAAGAAAUUAAAAUCAUUCGAUACAUUUAGUAA